AUGGCGGGGUUAUCUUAUCAGACGAACUUCCCUGCGUCCCCAAUGCCCCACCACUCGGCUCAACCCGCCUUGGCAGCCCAUCUCAAACUCAACGUCGGUCUGUCAUUUCCGCCCUCUGUCUCCCUGAGAUUCACACCCACCUCUACCAAUUUUAGAUUUGAGUUGGGCAAGAAGCAAAACGCCAAAAUGGCCGACGAAGAGCUUAUUCCCGUCUCCCAAAAAGUCCGCACCAUCUCCCACAUGAACAACGACCACCGCCUCGACCUCCAGCACAUCCUCCAGCACUUCAACAAUCUCAACGACUAUGAGGCCCGCGACCCGGAAAUGGUGGACAUCAACCUCCAGUUCAUGACUGUGAAGACACCUCACACUGGAAGGACGCACUACAUCAAGUUCGAGCCUGAACUCGCCAACUGGGCUGAACGCCGCGUCAAGCUUGUCGACAUGACCCACCAAGCCAGGGUCGGUCUUGGUCUCGAGGCCCCCGCGGAAGAGGACGGCAAGGACGAGAAGGGGGUUGUGGUGAGGGAGUAUAUGCCUCCCCGACCAUUCGACUGGGUCAUCUUCCUGGCGGUGCUGUUUUAUUAUUUUAACUUUGUGGCAACUGUGAAGUUGGGGGUGCUGGACGGGCGGGAGUGGAUUCUGGAUGCGUUUUGGCCGUUUGGGGGCCAUCAAGGAUGGAUGUGGUUGACAAAGACGAUUUUUUGGCCGGUGAUUGCGAUUCAUAUCUCCGAGGCGGCUUGGUUGGAGAGGAGUAGACUGAGCAAAUUUGGUGUGGAAAGGGGUAGUGGGGUUUGGUGGUUGUGGAUGGGGAGUUGCUUCAUUGAGGGUGGGAUGGCAUUUAAGAGAUUUGAUAUCUUGGUGAGGAGGGCGGAGGAGAAGGAGGACAAGAAGCAUUAA